UUUCUCUUGGGUGUCUUCAUAGCAAAAAAAAGAUGAAUGCCUUUUGCAGUGCAGCAGAGCUUUUGAGCUAGGGCAUUUGUGAAGUUCCGUUCUAUAUCAAAAAGGUCGGCAAUUACUUUUUCAUCUCCGGAAGGGAAUGAUUUUUCAGUUCCGAGGGCCAUGGAAGUAGAUACUGGAAAUUCGUGUUUUAUUGAGAAGCUGCCUGUAGAAAGAUACACAUCUACAAGAGAGACAAAGAAGCCCCCAGAAACUAACAAAAGCCCUGCUGCAUUUGUCAAUCACGCUGCUAUUGCAUGGCAUGAGAACAGAAGAAAAUGGGUUGGAGAAGUAUCAAGGAAGUCAGAAAGGAUGCCGAAGGAUCCAAUUAUAAGUUGGACAACGACCUAUGAAGAGUUGCUCUCUACAACUGACCCUUUCUCUGAGCGAAUUCCUUUAACAGAAAUGGUUGACUUUCUAGUAGAUAUCUGGCACGAUGAGGGGCUUUUCGACUAGAUAUUUAUGAAGACAAACUUCAUCUAUGUAUCUUGUGCAGAUUAUAUUGCAGACAUUUGGAAAUCUUGUGCAUCUUAGACAGUCUUUGACCCGUAAGAUAUUUAGCUUGACAUUCAACUUCUUCUUGCCAUUGAUCUUUAUAGGACCUUCCAUUUUAUGUGGUACCAUUCGUAGUCAUUGCCUAGUAUCGUUAACAGGCGAAACGAAGGAGAGAGUCCUCUAUCUGAAUCAUGUUGUAUCAAAUAUUAUUAUGUUUGAGUACUGAAUUUUUCAAGCAGAUUCUUAAUAAUCCCUAAGUAGCUUUGUUUUCAA